CUAAAAUUUGAGACCGGAAAUAAGAGAAUGUGUUUAUUGUUUUGUAGCAUAUUUCCUGGGUUUGUGAACGAAUAAAUGUGUGGUUUAUGAUUAUUUCUUCUGACACAAUAAUUUUUGCGAUGUCUACUCAAAAUAUAAUUGGAUCCGCUUUGACACCGACGAUGGAAAAAAGCAAAAAUGAUGAUUCAGAUGAAGAAGGCGCAAUCAUAGGUCCAGCUUUGCCUCCAAAAUAUAAAGCCUCAGAGUCCUCCAGCUCAUGUGAAGACAGUGAUCAAGAGGAGGUUGUGUUCAAGAGAGCCAAAUACUCAUCAUCAUUAUCAUCAUCAUCUAGGAACCGGCCUUCUUCAAACAGCAGGAGCAAUGUGAAAGAUGAGAUGGAUAUAAAGCAAGUCGAUAAGGAUGAGGAGGAGGAUGAUGGUUUCUUUGGUCCAGCUCUUCCCCCAGGAUAUCAAAAGCGAGACAAAUCACCAGAGGGGCCACCUUUACUAGGACCUGCACUCCCUCCAGGAUUUAAAAAACAAGAUGAUGAUGAUGAUGAUGAUGAUGAAGAUGCAGAAGAUGAUACCAGAGGGUUUUUAGGACCAGCUUUACCACCAGGAUAUCAAAAGCUAGACAGAUCUCCUGAACGACCACCUGUAGGACCUGCUCUACCUCCAGGCUUUAAAAGACAAGAUGCAGAUGCAGAUGAAGAUGAAGAAGAGGGAAAAGAAGAUGCUAGAGGGUUUUUAUUACCAGCUCUACCGCCAGGUUAUACACCAGCAGAGUCAAGCGGUAAAGAAGAUGAUGAUUAUGUCAUUGGACCCAUGCCAUCAAAAGGACCAUCCCAGGACUCUGUGGCAUUGGACUUUGAAAGAAGAGCUCAAAGAAUGAAAGACAAACUUACAGGAGUAGAUACUGGCUCCAAAGUGCUCAGAGAGAGCUGGAUGACAGAGUUGCCUCCUGAGUUGCAGCAUGUGGGCCUGGAAGCACGAACCUUUAAGAAAAGAUCAGGCCCUGAGAACAAAGACCGCUCAAUUUGGACUGACACUCCCACUGACCGUGAGCGAAAAGCUAGGGAACGACUAGAGGCUAAGGAAAAAGGUGAAUCUGCCAAGGAUGAUGGACCUUGUCUGUCUCACAAAGAGCUUGAGAUGGCUGAAAAAGUUUCAAAAUAUAAUGAAUCCAAGCGUGGUGAAUCUCUCAUCAGUAUGCACACUAAGAAGAUGAAAAGAAAAGCUGAGGAGGAUGCUUCAAAGCCUGUGGAAAGAAGACCCUUCGACAGAGACGCUGACCUCCAAGUCAAUCGGUUUGAUGAGGCUCAAAAAAAAGCUUUGCUCAAGAAGUCACAAGAGCUGAACACCCGCUUUUCACACAGCAAAGACCGCAUGUUCCUAUGAGGGACAUUCAGCAAAUUUAUCUCUUGUUGUCAAGGAUUUUUUUAAAGGAACUUUGUACUGCAUUGGAAUCCUUGCAGCAGCAUCAUCAUCAAAACAUUAUGUGCUUUGUUGACAAUUAUAUGUAAAAUUUAGAGGACCUACUGAGGUUCCUCCUAAAUUUGCCUUUUAUAUGUCUAAUGUCUAAUUGUAAAAGAUAAUGCAUUAAAAUGUCUAUAAUUUUGUGAUUUCUAAAAGUUUUUAGUCCGCCUUUUUAAUACUAAGUAAUGCAUAUAUAAGUAUUAUUGUUUAUAUCCAGUGAUAGCAUUUUAUUCCCCUGAAUUCUGACAGUUUUAUGUUUUGGGGUCAUGUAUUGUUUACCAGAGUGUGCUUUCCUCAUAGAAUAUUCCAAGUUCAGAUCACAUGAACUUCACCCCAAAAAUGAAAGAAAGAAAGAAUGUAUAUUUUGCUUAAUGAAGCGAAGACUAUUUUAGGACCAUUAAAACUUUUUAUUGUGUCAUUACUUGCUAUAUUAUAGUAAUGAGAAUCAACAUUCAUAAUGAUAAUUAUUAAUGUUACAAUGCAAACAAUCAUGAAGGCGAAUUUGAAGGAUGCAAGUCAUAAUUCUUUGCAGAGUAGAGGCCAUAAGGCUCAACUGAAUUGUUUCUGGGACGUUUUUAUGCUAUCAUAAAUGUAAAGUGUGAUAAUUCCUGUGAAUAAAUACAUCUAAAAAACA